AUGAAUAGCGAGUCGUAUUCACAGGAUCAUGUGCAACCAAGUAUUACACCUUCCUCGCAUAAAAACACUUUACCGCAUUCCAAACCCACUUAUAUACAAAAACAAGAAAAUGAGGAAUACAAGUCUAUGCUCAAGUUGAUCCAACUGAAGCAAAACCAGUCGCAAAAAAAGAGAUUUCAAUUUUUUGGUGAACCUCAACCACCAACAAUACCACUGCAUCAGCAAGUAAAGUCCUAUUCUUCUUUACCAAUUGCAGGUUCCUGGAAUAGCGAUACUACAAAAAGUCAAGAUAAGUCAGUCACAAUAAUCAAUGAGACGUAUUCUGCUAAAGUCGGCCACUUGCACGUAAAGAAGUUUGAAUCAAGUAUACUCUCGAUUCAGGGGCAUUCUUUGAAUCUUUCAAAUGGGCUGAACUCGAUCUUGGUGUUGAAAUGCAAUGGGCCAAUACUAGUGCAUGAUAUAAACUAUUGUAUUGUUGUUAUCCUUCAGUGCCAACAAGCUAGAUUCCACAACUCUUCUAAUUGUAUUGUAUUCAUGGCGAAAAAUGAAACAAGCGGUGACUCUUUUGAGGAACUGAAAGACGCUGUUGAAAGUGGUAUUGAUACAAGCUUGCCUCCAUUGAUUGUGGAAAAUUGUGCUUAUCUCAGAACAAACCAAAUGAAUAUUGAAAAUUUUAAUCAUCCUUCCCGGAAAUUUAGAGAUCCAACUUUUCAAUCAUUAGAUGCGAAUGAAAAAAACAGUUUGAAAGAAGUUUGCGAACGAGCAGAUUUGGCGGAUUUGGCAUCAAUCUUACGACGAUAUGGAGUGAUAAAUACUAAUUGUCAGAAUAGUACUGCUUUUACUGCUACCACUACUACUACUACUACUACUACUACUACUACUACUACUACUACUACUACUGCUGCUGCUGCUGCUGCUAAUGAAUAUGAUAAUAAUAAAUAA